AUUUCUGAGCAAAAGCGCAUGAUUGAGACCGCUCCAUUUGGAGAUGACUCCGAAACCAUAGAAAAACAAAUCACAAGCCACAGCAGGACCCACAGCUCUUUACAGAGGAGCCAGGAAGUAGACCGUGCCAGAGAUGAUCUGAACUCGAGAGGGGACAAGUACAACCUGGCAAUCAUGGAACAAGAAUGGGAAAGCCUGCAGAAAAUGUCCCACAACCGUGUGGAUCAGCUGCGAGAGCUUCAGGGCAUCAUCGAUGAAAUCUCCAGAGCCAUCAUGUGGGUGAAUGAGAGAGAGGAGGAGGAGCUUAUGUUUGACUGGGGAGACAAGAACAUCGACCAGUAUAUCCCAAAAAAGCAAGAGAGCUACUCGGGGCUGAUGAGAGAUCUGGAGGAGAAAGAGAAGGACCUAAACAAGCUGAAGCUGAAAGCGGAUGGACUCCUGAACAACAACCACCCUGCCUCAGAUAAAAUUGAAGCCUACAUGGACACCUUACAGACCCAGUGGAGCUGGCUUCUCCAGAUCACCAAGUGUAUCCAUGUUCACUUGAAGGAGAAUGCUGCCUACAGCCAAUUUUUCAAGGAGGCCAAUGAGACCGCUGCAAAGCUGCAGAACAAACACGAGACUAUCCGAAGCAAGUUUACCUGCGACAAGACCACCUCACUGGAUACCCUCACUGAGCUCCUGAGAAACCUGGAGAAAGAGAAGGAGCGAGUCAUCGACAAUAAGAGGCAGGUCCACAGUCUGGUUAACAAAUCUAAGAGCAUUAUCAGGCUGAAACCUCGCAACCCAGAGGAGAAGAGCAGCAGCCCCGUCAUGGUCGAGGCCAUAUGUGACUUUAAACAAGACCAGAUCGGGAUUUUGAAAGGGAAUGAGGGCAUCCUGAAGGAUAACUCGCAGCGCAGCAAGUGGCUUGUGACUGGACCUGGAGGUCUGGACAUGUUGAUUCCCUCUGUGUGUCUGCUGAUCCCCCCACCAAACCCUCUCAGCAUCGGCCUUGCUAGCAAGUAUGAGCAGUAUUAUGAAGCCAUCAUGAGCCUCUGGAAUCAGCUCUACAUCAACAUCAAAAGUCUCAUCGCAUGGCAAUACUGCCUCAAAGACAUGACUUACAUCAACUCCCUCACUACCAGCAUGGCAUGA